AAUGAUAACGUUCGAAGUGAUAAGCGCGCUUUCCUUGACGAAAGAAUGCUAUUACCGUUUCACUGAAACAUUGAAAGACCGAUCGUAACUCAAUGCUGUGUUACGAAUGUUAAUAACUAUCUGGAAAAUUUAUUGCAUAACUAAUUGAAUGAUGACGAGGAAGAUUGGAAUUGCAUCGCGACUGAAAGAUCAACUAAGAAGUUCAAACAUACACAAUGUGAAAAAUUCCAGAAAAAAUUCUGAUGAAGUCCUAAUAUAUGAUAAUGCUUCGGAAGAGGAGAAGGAAAUGAGACGAAUUCUCACAAUCAAAGAGGCCCCGGAAUUCCUGACGCAUAAUCCGUAUAUUUUGAAUGGAUACAGGGGAUGUAAAACGAAGAAAUUGUGUGUAGAGAGUGCAUUUUGGUGGACAAACGAAACGAUAAAUAUUUGGAGUCACGUCUUAGGCUUCCUAUUUUUCUUCGGACUGACGUGUCAUGACCUGUACUUUGUAGACGCGUCGUACACAGACAAAGCUAUUGCACUAUUCUCAAGCAUAAAUUUCCAGAUUGCUCUGAUUAGUUCAACAAUUUAUCACACCUUCUCCUGCAGGAAUGACAAAAUCUAUAACUGUUUGCUAACUGUUGAUAUGUUGGGCAUUUCCUUGAGCUUAUUAGCUAUUUAUCUGACGGGAAUACAUUUCUCUUUCACGUGUUACGAGAAUCAUCGAUUUUUCUACCUAAUCACAGUUCUUCUAAUUUUCAUAAUUGCAAUUGUGCUACAAAUUCCACAAUACAACUUCAGUUCUAACGUAAAAACAUCAGUGCUUUUUGGCUGGGCAGCUUACGGCAUUCUACCGACGAUUCAUGGAGUCAUAAUCAUGGGCGGGUUACAGCAUCCCAUGGUACAGCAGCUAUUCCCCAGGAUAGUGGGCAUGUACGCUAUAACUUCAUUCGCAUUUUUCCUCUUCGAGACUAAGAUACCUGAACGUUUCUUUCCAGGCUCUGUUGACUACAUCGGGUCUUCCCAUCAGUGGUGGCAUUUGCUGAUCCUGUUUGCUUUCUUCUACUGGCGCAAUACCGGUCUACUUUACAUUCAGUACAUCAAUAGCCAUGGGUGCAUAGUACUUUCAUAGUAUUCUGGCCAGUGAAAUCGCUCUCAAUUUGGAACAAUCGCUGGUUGUUAAUUAUAAUUGACAUUGAAAAGCUCUAGUUAUUUAUUUAUUUAUCUUUGUUCUAUCACGUUUUCACAGUAUUCAGUAGCUAUGGAAUGAUAGUCCGUAACUUUAAGAGGUCUUUGAAUAUUGAAAGACUACUAUUGACAAUAAAUUCAUUGAAGUAGAACUUCAAGACAAUGAAA